AGCGCCAUUUUGGAUCAGAGCAGCAGUGCAGUCCCAACAACAAACUGAGUUGGCUCUUGCGACAGUUUUGUUGACAUCUGUCAUUCAUUCAUGAAGUAAAGUCCUUCUCGCUCUGACAUUAGGCUAUAGUUGAACUUUAGAGGAAAUGAGUUCAGAUACAACCCCACCGGAUUCGGACCCGAAGGGGCAGCGACGGGUUCAUAAUAUGCUGAAGCUCUAUUACGGCCUGAAUGAGGAAGGAAAAGUCGCAGAUCAAGCCGAGUCUCUGGAUCCGUGUGAUAUCAACGGACUGCAUUUCGACCCAGAUGUUUAUUUAAAUAAGUUGAGGAAGGAGUGUUCUCUGGGUGAGCUGAUGGAUCACGAGAGCUGCAUGGUGAAACAGAUCAGAUCUCUGGACAGUGACAUGCAAACCCUGGUUUAUGAAAAUUACAAUAAGUUCAUCUCAGCCACAGACACUAUCAGAAAAAUGAAGAACGAUUUCAAGAAGAUGGAAGAUGAAAUGGACUGUUUGUCUGCGAACAUGACUGCCAUCACAGAGUUUAGUGCCCGCAUUAGUGGGACGUUGCAGGACCAGCAUGCACAGAUCACUAAGCUAUCAGGUGUUCACACUCUCCUCCGUAAGCUCCAGUUCCUGUUUGAGCUGCCAGCAAGACUCAAUAAGUGUCUGGAGCUGCAGGCCUAUGCCCAGGCAGUGAGCGCCCACCGGAGGGCACGCUGUGUACUGCAGCAGUAUAGUCACAUGCCCUCUUUCAGGGGCAUCCAAGAUGACUGCCAUGUCAUUAUGGAGCAGCUCGCUCAACAGCUGCGGCAGAAAUUCAGGGAUGGGGGUUCAAGUGCUAAAGACCUUUCUGAAUGUGUUGAGCUUCUUCUGCAGUUAGACGAACCAGCGGAGGAGCUCUGUGACAAAUUCCUCAGCCAUGCCCAGUCUAGGUUGGAGGUGGAUCUCCAGGGACUGGAGGCGGAGCUUAAAGACUCUGCGGUCUCUGAUACUGGUAGAGGCUCGGUCCAAAAAACAAGCCCUGGAUCAAAUCCCGUAUCUCCUUCUAGUUCCUCUGUGAAUAAUCCGUUCCUCUCUCCUACUGCCGGAACAGACAUCCUUGAGUUCAUAGAUCGCGGGUGUAAUGAGUUUGUCAGCAGCCUCUGUUUAGUCAUUGCCUCCUAUCAAGAAUUGUUCAUCAACCGUCCACAGGAAGGCGAGUUCGCUUCAAAGAACAUCCCAGAGAUGGCUAAUGGCAAGCUGCAUGUGUUUGUGGACACCCUGGCUGCUAGAUACUUCUCUCUAGUGGAGAGGAGGAUACAGGAAGAGAAGGGAGUGAGUGAUAACUCUCUGUUAGUGAGAGCCCUGGAUCGAUUUCAUCGCAGAUUACAGGCCAUAUCCAAACUACUUCCGGGGUCGGCAGUGCCUAGCCACGGAACUGAGAUUGUGGUGCGGGCAGCAAGAGAGAGAAUCAAACAGUACCUGUCCGCCUUACAAACCUUCUACCAUGACAGCCUUACUGAUGUAAGACAGGCUUUGGCUGCACCUCGUCUAGCAGUGGGAGGGGCCAGUGCAUCAGGAGGCGGGGCUUCAAGUAAAGAUGACACACCUAGUCUGCCAGAACUGCUGGCGUCCUUAUCAAACUUUAUUCUGAAUCAGCUAAAGUCUGUAUUAGCGUCAGUGCAUCUCUUCACAGCAAAGGACAUCACAUUCUCCAACAAGCCUUAUUUCAAGGGUGAGUUUUGCAGUCAAGGUGUGCGUGAGGGUCUGGUGGUAAGCUUUAUCAAGUUCAUUUGCCAGUCUUCUCGUCAGUACUGUGAGAGCACGGGUGACAGAGGAGGAUCCACCCCUCCUGCUCUGCUUCUGUUGCUCUCUCGUCUCUGUCUGGACUAUGAGACCUCCACCAUCUCCUACAUCCUCACACUCACAGAUGAACAGUUUCUUGUACAGCACCACACUCCAGUCACUCCAGUUACAGCGCUUUGUGCAGAGGCCAGAGAAGCUGCCCAGAAAUUAUUGAACCACUAUGUGAAGGUUCAGGGAUUAAUCAUCAGUCAGAUGUUGAGGAAGAGCGUGGAAACAAGAGACUGGGUGAACACCAUUGAACCUAGAAAUGUCCGAGCUGUAAUGAAGAGGGUAGUGGAAGAUACCACCUCUAUUGAUGUACAGGUGGGACUGCUUUAUGAGGAAGGAGUAAGGAAAGCCCACAGCAGUGACUCCAGCAAACGCACCUUCUCUGUGUACAGCAGCUCAAGACAGCAGAUCCGCUACGCACCAAGCUAUACUCCAAGUGCACCAAUGGACACAAACUUGCUCAGUAACAUUCACAAGCUAUUUUCUGAGAGGAUCGAUAUCUUUAGCCCUGUGGAGUUCAACAAGGUCUCUGUGCUAACUGGCAUCAUUAAGAUAAGUCUGAAGACAUUCCUUGAAUGUGUUCGUCUCCGUACGUUUGGCAGAUAUGGACUGCAGCAAAUCCAGGUGGACUGCCACUAUUUGCAGAUGUACCUGUGGCGGUUUGUGUCUGAUGAAAACCUAGUGCACUUCCUUUUGGAUGAGAUUGUGGGUAGUGCUGCCCAUCGUUGCCUGGACCCGUCUCCAAUGGAGCAAAGUGUCAUUGAGGUCAUCUGUGAAAGGGGUUAGCGUGGGUGGUUUUACUUGAAUAGGCAAACAAGUUUGCACAUAACUGAAACUGAACUCAACUUGUGGAUAAUACUAGUGCUUAUAUUUGCAGUUAUAUUCCAUGUAACUGAUGGAGUAUCAAUUUCAGUUGUCAAAUUAAUAUAAAGCUGGAGACCUCUGAUUUAAACCUGUUAAAGAUGGAUUGAAAUAAAAUAAAAAAAAUUAAAACCUUCAUUUGAUUAAAGGCUAGGAUUGUGUGGAUGUUGGGUGCUAAAAGCUGAAAUAUUGCUUUCUCUUGUCAAAGUCCUAAAAUGAACACAACAAACUAUGAAUUGAAACGAUAACCUAUUUAUUUCAUAACUCUAAUCAGUGUAUAUUUAAAGAUGAUCUGUUUAUCAAAACAAAUCAGCAUGUUUGGUAUGUGUCUUUUAUGGUUUAUUUCUGUAUUCGUUGACUGUGAAGACUGUUCAAUCUGCACAACUGGAUAGUAUGUAUUUAAUAAACGUAAUGUACAAAAAAAAA